AGGGGGUUCCUAGAAACUCCCACCUCCUCCUGCUGGGUCUGAGAUGCAUCUGCUGAAUUUUAAACACUCGCCGCCACCAUAUUGGAAGGAGAAUACUGAAAACACGGACACUGCAAUAACAGCUUUGAUGAUCACCUGACUUAUUAUAUUGGUCCUGAUCACCGGAAUCCCCCCUUUCUGUUUUUUUUUUGGACCGGUCCAUGUUUCUGGGGUUCGUGGUAAAUGGUAAACUCGCAGUUUGUAACUAGCAGCGAAGCUCUAACUAGUUAGCUAACUAGCUAGUAAUAAAGCAACAGAGCGUUUAUAGAUAUCUCUAUAUAUAUAAAGCUUAGACGAACAUUUUUUUUAUGUGGGAUACUAUUUAAGCUUUUUAAAUGACUCAAUUUCAGUCUAAUAACACAGGGUUUGAGGGAUAGCUAAAGCAGCGCGCGCGCGACUUCGCUCACUCCAUAACAACGCCGCUUUGCUAGCUCGCGACUCAACUAAAAAACAACAACAACUACUACUACUAGGCAGCUAGUUAGCUAGCUAAUCAGUGCACGUCAGGGUUAGUGGACUAGAGAAAUGGUUUAUUAGAAAGGAAAUCUCCUCAGGACUCGCUUCGCCAGUCCGCUUUUUGCUUUCAGGAUUCGCCCCUUUUUUUUUUUCCUAGCUACGUCUACGCACUCGGAGUGGAGAAAAUAACGUUAUAACUAGCUUAGCUUAGCUUAGCUUAGGAAACAGGAAGAACCUGUCGUUUCCAUGGACAACACGUCCAUCAUAACGCAAGUUACUAAUCCAAAGGAGGAGGAGAUCCUAUCAUCAAAUCCUGAAAAAGUUUCGCUGUCCAGCAGCAGCCUGAAGAAGAAAAGCCACCGCAGUUUAUUCAGCUCCUUCUUCUGCUGCCUGCGGAGUUAUGAAGCCGAUCCUCCAGCCAGCACCAACAACAACACCAGCAGCCCUCUGCCUCCGCCCGUGGAGGAGAACGGAGCGCCACCGAAGUGUGAGCAGGCUGAGGUCAUCCCUGUGCCCGGUCCUCCAGAGAAAUACCUCCUCCCCGAGGUGAACAUCAACGACUACGGAAAGAAGUGUGUGGUGAUAGACCUGGACGAGACUCUGGUGCACAGUUCAUUUAAGCCUAUCAGUAAUGCUGAUUUCAUCGUUCCGGUGGAGAUCGACGGCACAGUGCAUCAGGUGUACGUCCUGAAGAGACCGCACGUGGAUGAGUUCCUGCAGAAGAUGGGAGAAUUGUUCGAGUGUGUGCUCUUCACAGCCAGCUUAGCCAAGUACGCUGACCCCGUGGCUGACCUGCUGGACCAGUGGGGAGUAUUUCGGGCGCGGCUCUUUCGUGAAUCCUGCGUGUUCCACAGAGGAAACUAUGUCAAAGACCUGAGUCGGCUCGGCAGAGAGCUGCACAACGUCAUCAUAGUGGACAACUCUCCAGCCUCCUACAUCUUCCACCCUGAGAACGCGGUUCCCGUGCAGUCGUGGUUCGAUGACAUGACUGACACUGAGCUGCUGGACCUGCUUCCAUUCUUUGAAGGACUGAGCAAGGAAGAGGACGUGUACGGAGUUCUGCAGAACCUCAGAGGCAGGUAGCAAGCUGCACCGUUCUGCCUUACGCAGACACAGCAGAGAGGGCAGAGGGCGUCGCUGCUCUCGCAGACUUCACCUCCCAGCAGCCCACUGCUCACUACACAGGAAGUGCAGACGCCUCAGCCCCCAAACCACCCCCCCCCUCCCCCCGACUGUGGCCCACAUGGCGACGAACGUCCACUACAGACCUUUACAGCUCACAAGAGACCCACUUGCUUAAGUGCUUAAUAAUAAACCAAAAAACGCCAAACCCCUUCUUUUCCCUUACGAAACGAGAGAAUCCAGAUCUUUGGGUUGUUGCUAUGCAGGCGUUAAAGGACUGUGGGUUUUGUUUCCUCUUUGCUUACCCAACGAAGUGCCUUUUUUGAAUGUCAUUUUUACUGGGAAAACAUUUUUGUACAUGAAACUAUUUCCAGAGAUUUUCAGAAUUCUACUCUUUAAAAACAGAGGCAGGUUAUUUUUUUGUUAAAGGCAGUGUUAUUGAGGCUGGAGGGUUUCUUUCUUUCUUUUAAUUGUCUCCAUCAGUGUCCUUGUUUUCUUUUGCUUUCACUCACGCCAUCAUAUAGACAUCGAUCCUUUUAUAGACACGUGUAUUUGUUUGUCUUGUAAAAGCAAAGGAAUGCCUUUGCACUCAUUCAUUUUACACUCUGCUACGGCUUCUUCAGUUUGGUUUGUGAGACGAGGAACAAUCGGAGACUGCAGAUUGUCUAAACCGUGUCGGCGGAUCGCCACAUCAUUUCACGCCGAGACUUGUUUUGUUUUUACCGGGUUGCUGAAUUUUAGUGUAGGUCCUGUGAUGGUACAGAACAUGCUGACAAUCGUGGCCGUUUCAGCGCUCGUCUGGUGAAUUCUGCGAGUAAGUUAUGGAUAAGCUGAGUUUUAGUCUGUGUUUUUUAGGUUGCAUUUUAAAGCUGGUGUAACGUAGUCACCAUGCAGAUUC